AAACAAACUAAUCGGGACGUGGCUAAAGCGUGUGACUUGUCAUCAAUUGGACGGUGAACCAACAUAUUUAAGGCGGGAUCAUCAACCACACACACACUUGACAUUUCAGACGGCAACAGAUUCAACUUCAAAUUUGACGAUUUGCAGGUAUGUCUGAAUGCGAUAAACCAGAGAUCGUGGAGCGAGGUACCAAGGAGAAAGAACAUGAAGAAGGAGAAGACAGUGGAUUUUUAGGGAAGGUAAAGGGUUUUAUUGAAGAUAUUGGUGAAAAGAUUGAAGAGACAAUCGGAUUCGGAAAGCCUACCGCUGAUGUCAGUGCGAUUCACAUCCCCAAAAUCAACCUUGAGCGGGCUGAUAUUAUUGUAGACGUGCUUGUCACUAACCCAAACCCAAUUCCCAUCCCUCUUAUCGACAUCAAUUACUUAAUCGAAAGUGACGGAAGGAAACUCAUUUCCGGAUUGAUUCCCGAUGCUGGAACAAUCCAUGCACACGGUUCCGAAACUGUGCAAAUACCACUUUGUUUAAUAUACGAUGACAUAAAGAACACUUAUGCUGAUAUACAGCCUGGCAGCGUUGUACCUUACAAAGUCAAAGUUGACUUAAUUGUUGACGUGCCUGUUUUUGGAAGGCUAACUCUGCCUCUUGAGAAAAACGGCGAGAUCCCAAUACCUUACAAGCCUGACGUUGAUAUUGAGAAGAUAAAGUUUGAAAAGUUUUCGUUCGAAGAGACUGUUGCAACUCUUCAUUUGAAGUUGGAAAACAAGAAUGAUUUUGAUUUGGGGCUCAAUGCACUUGACUAUGAGGUUUGGCUGUGUGAUGUCAGCAUUGGCUGUGCGGAGCUUGCGAAAACGGAGAAUAUUAAAAAGAAUGGUAUUACUUACCUUGAUAUUCCGAUCACGUUUAGGCCUAAAGAUUGUGGGUCUGCUUUAUGGGACAUGAUUAGAGGAAAAGGCACUGGCUAUUCGAUGAAAGGGAAUAUUGAUGUGGACACACCUUUUGGAGGGAUGAAGCUGCCGCUUGAUAAGGAAAGUGGUACCACUAAGCUUAAGAAGGAAGAUGAUGACGACGAUGACGACGAGGAGUAGAUGAUGAUUCAUGAGCAGAAAGGGAGUUGGUGUUGUGUUUAUGAGUUAAGGUUUGUUUUUUUAUCCUUACCUGAAGGUGUUGUGUUGAUGGAUGAGAACUUGAUAACUGAAAUCCAUGUUGUUAUUUGUGGUUGCUUCAUCAUAUGUUCACUUCUUAUUAAUAUUAAAGCACUUACUGAUUAAUACUCAA